AUGGAAGGACACCUCAAGAUGGCGACAUUCAUUUCCCUCAUCACCGCAUUGUGUGGUGCAUCAUCAGCCGCCACGAGGGAGGAGCGAACAGGCUCACUGCUCUCCGAAAAGAUCCUGGGCGGCGUGAUAGACAUCGUCCACAGCCACAAGAACAAGCCCACUCCCCAGCCGCAGGUGGUGUACCAACAGGCCCAGCAGUACCCGCAGCAGUACCCACAAUACCAGCAGUGGAACGGCCCCGGAUACCAGGGCAGCAGCUACUCCCAGUACCAGGGCCAGAGCCAGUACGGGUACGCGCCGCAAAACGGCCACCAAAGUGUCGGCUAUCCUCAAAACGGGGGCUCCUACUCCGGCCAAGCGUAUCCCGCAAGCCAGGGCUUCAGCAACCAGGGCACCAGCCAAGGGCAGUACCAGACAGGUUACCAGCCCCCUAACGGACCGUACCAGCAGACACAGUCGACGCAAUUUCAGCAGGGCCAGUACGCGGGGUCCACCGGCCAGUACUACGGUCAGGGUUCGCAGGCCUCCCUGGCACCUGGUGCUGGGCAAGGCGGAGCCCAGGGCUUCCAGGUCACCGGCGGCGGCCAGGCCGGCAGCGGACCUGGGCCGGCGUGCGUCUGCCAAGCCUGGACUAAGCCCCAACACGAUCCGCUUCACGACAGCCCCACUUCCGAGAAGAUGGAGAAGAUACACGAGAAAGCAGAA